AUGUCUUCUUCAUUAGCUCUUACUAACUCGAUUAAAGCCCUUAGAGCUGCUCUCUGGAACGUAUUCUCCGGUCCACCCUCACGCGUACCCCUACCACGCCCGCGACCUCCAGCUCCGCUUGCUGGUGGUGCGUUCGGCGUAAUGGCGACUGAAGCGGAGAAGUUGGCGGUAAACCAAGGUCACACCGCUGAGAGCGUGCAUGCUCUGCCUCCGGCCCCUGCUGCUGCCGCUGGUGGUGCUCCCCCGGCUCUUCCUGCCGCUGCUGCGGCAUCGACAAUUCCUGUCCCACUAGCCCCUGCCCCCCCACCGAGCCUCUGCCUUCCUCGCGAUGUCCCCGUGUCUGGCGCGUCGGCUCCCAUUGCAAUGCAGACGCCUGUGGCGCUGCCGCCUGUCCAGGCUGCCGUGGGGGGCCCCGCGGAGGGGAAGGCGGUGGGCGCCGGCCCCGACUCUGCACACUUGGUGGCCCCCGCGGCUGCACCGGUACAUCCCGUCGCGCAGCGGUAUGCAGAGUCACAGAGUCAUGGUGCCGCUGGGGGCAAUGCGGCGGCGCAUCGGGGGCGAGGUUCUCCUCGGCGUCGCCCCUCCUCGUCGUACCGGUCCGCGCAUCGCGGUGGUCGCGGUGGCUGGUGGGGAGGUCGCGGUCGCGGGCGUGGUGGGCCAAGCGACAUGCAGCAGCUGCGCGAGGAUUUCCUGGAGAUGUGGGCUGCGGCAAUGCGCGCUGCUCUGACGGGUGCGCCGAAUCUUGAAAGCUCGCUGGCUCCUGCUGCAGCAGUGCACGCCACCGCUCCAGUGUAUGCGUGUGCUCUGCCGACCUCCCUCGUGGCUCCUGCGCCAAACGAUCAGGCGUACUCGCAGGUUCAUGCUCCUGCUGCUGAUCGUGCUCUGCCUGCUUCCGUGCGUCCUGUUUCUGCUGCGCCGUAG